AUGUCUGCCUCGAUCACCACAGACGUCAGCAACUAUGAGGUUCUGGGACACGGCGACCUAAGCCAUACGAUGAAAGCCUUGACCUGGCAAGGGAAGAAUACGGUUAAAUUUUUUAUAGUGGAGACGGCUCGCCCGAAGAUCAUUGAUGAAGGCGAUGUCAUACUGAAGGUGACGGGCAGCACCAUUUGUGGGAGUGACUUGCACCUAUUCCACGAGGCCAUCCCAGAUCUCCAGAAAGGUGACAUUCUCGGCCACGAGUUUUGCGGUCUUAUCGCAAGCGUGGGGCCGGCAGUCAAGAGGGUUAAAGUAGGUGACCGCGUUGUGGCGUCCUUCCAAAUUGCCUGUGGGGAGUGUUAUUAUCGCAAAAAGAAGUUGAUCUCAAUGUGUGAGCGAACGAAUUCGAACAACGAAGCCUCUAAACUAUAUGGGCGUCGCACAGCCGGCAUGUUUGGAUACUCCCACUUCACGGGUGGUUUUGCAGGCGGGCAAGCGGAAUACGUUCGCGUCCCAUACGGGGACGUAAACCUUCUUCAGCUGCCUGACGACGUCCCCGACGAAAAAGGUCUUUACCUUUCUGAUGUGCUGGGAACAUCUUGGAACGCCGUUGUUGACACUGGGGUUGAGGAGGGUGACACUGUAGCAAUCUGGGGAGCUGGCCCAGUUGGACAAAUGGCAGCGGAAUUCAGCUUCUUCAAUAAUGCUCACAGGGUCAUCCUUAUUGACGGCGGCGACGGAAAAUGGCGACUAGAACUUGUCAAGAAGAUUCUACCUAGACUUGAGAUGAUUGAGUAUACGAACCUCCUAAAGGGCGAGACUGUUGCCUCAACCCUGAAGAAAAUGUGCAACGGCCGCGGACCUGAUGUGGCAAUUGAGUGCGCCGCAGGCGAGUAUACGAAAGGAUGGGCUCAUUACUUUGAAAGAUUACUGGGCAUGGAAACGGACACAUCUGAACUCAUCAAUGAGAUGAUUAUCUCUGUCCCUGGGUUCGGUCGUUGUUCUUCCCUGCCUAUCAAGAGUUAG